AUGCCACAGGCCAUGAUGACUGCCGAGCUCUCCACGAAGAGGACGGACGGGGUAAGAUGGGAGGGGGAGGGGGCGGGGGGCAACGGAUGUGGCCGCCGCAAGGAGGGCGGGGGCGGGCUGACCUCUGCCCGGUUUCUCGACCGUUUGGCGGCCCCAUCGUCGUCCCCGCCGCUAGACGAGCGCUUCAGGGCUUGGCGCCGAUCCGGCGCCUGGUUCGCCAGCAGCGAGUGCGCGUGCCACGCGGACAGCUCGGGGCACCCGGGGAAGGGAGCCUCCAUCGCCUCUCAGCUCCGUGGCAAAACUGAUGAGGUCAAGCCUCUCACCUUAGCUUCGCUCGCGCCUUCACGCCGCGUGGGCGUGAACGACUCCGUGCCUCAGCUUCACUUGGAGCUCUCGGAGGCGGCGACAGACGAGCUGCCACCGACCUCCUUCCAUAUCCAGAAGAAGGUCUGCUCUGCUUGCGGCUACCCCUCUGCGCGGCUGCGCUCGCUCGUAUCGUACAACUGGUGCAAGAAGAUGAUCCGCCGGAAGACGCGGGGCACUAAGUAA